UACAUUACAAAAUUCCUUAAACCCAAGCGGGUCAGACACUCACCAAAACCUCAACCUCGCGCCAAUUCACUCCAAGGCUCAACCUCCCUCCACCUGAAUAUGCAUCAAAACGUCGUCGUCUUGGACAACGGCGGCGGCCUAAUCAAAGCCGGCCUCGGCGGCGAGCGCGAACCCUCGGCCAUUAUACCCAACUGUGUGUACCGCCCGAUAUCCUCCAAGAAAUGGGUCCACCCCUCCCCCACCGAGCCCAUGGACCUCACCUCCGCCGCCGUCCGCCGCCCAAUCGACCGCGGCUACCUAAUAAACCCGGACCUCCAGCGGGAGAUCUGGGCUAACCUCUUCUCCUCGCUCCUUCGGGUCAACCCGGCUCAAUCCUACCUCCUCCUGACGGAGCCCCUCUUCGCCCUCCCCUCCAUCCAACGCGCCACCGACGAGCUCGUCUUCGAGGACUUCAACUUCUCGGCGCUCUACGUCGCGAACUCCCCCUCCCUCGCCCACCUUUGCGAGGCCAGCCGCCGCCAAAUCAAGGCGCAGUGCAGCCUCGUCGUCGACUGCGGCUUCUCCUUCACGCACGCCGCCCCGGUCUUCCAGAACUUCACCAUCAACUACGCCGCCAAGCGGAUCGAUUUGGGCGGCAAGGCAUUGACCAAUUACCUCAAGGAGCUCGUCUCUUACCGCUCCGUCAAUGUCAUGGACGAAACGUUUCUCAUCGACGAUGUCAAGGAGAAGCUCUGCUUUGUUUCCAUGGACGUUGAUCGUGACCUCCAGAUUGCAAAGAAACAUGGGAAGGACAAUCUUUUCAGGUGCACUUAUGUGUUGCCUGACGGCAUUACGCACACAAAGGGGUUUGUUAAGAACCCAGAGGAGGCGAAGAGAUACUUGGCUUUGAGAGAUGGUGACAAACUUAAAGAUGUGGAGAAGAAAAUGGAUUUGGAUCGGAUGGAGGUUACAGACAAGUUGGCGGAUCGAAAGAAGAUUGAUUUGAGCAAGAAUGAAUUUGACCUGACAAAUGAAAGGUUCCUGGUGCCAGAGAUGAUCUUCCAUCCUGCUGAUCUGGGAAUGAAUCAGGCUGGACUAGCAGAGUGUAUUGUUCGAGCUGUCAGUUCCUGCCCACCACAUCUACAGCCUGUACUUUAUGAAAACAUUCUCUUAACAGGUGGAAGCACUCUAUUUCAUCGACUAGCUGAUAGACUAGAGAGGGAGCUGCGGCCUCUUGUUCCUGAUGACUAUCCAGUGAAGAUAACUCCUCAAGAAGACCCCAUACUAAGCGUUUGGAGGGGAGGAUCUAUCUUAGCAUCAAGUCCGGAUUUUGAAGCAGUGUGUGUCACUAAGGCUGAGUACGAGGAGCUUGGAUCUGCUCGGUGUCGCAGGAGAUUCUUUUAACAAGUGCAUUUAAUCUUGAAGGCAGCUUUGGCAAGCAAAUAGUCCACAAGGGAAAAUGCAGCUAAUGCGCCUGUCACUUUUUGUUGUCACCAUUCACCAGUCACCGCUGAAGAAAAGGAAGUAGAAGCAGGCUUCGCAGCUUCAAGUACUAGCAGUGGCACGCUCGCAACUAACACAAACAUUUUUUCCCGACGUCUUUGUUGGUAGAAAUCGAGCUGGAAGAUUUGAGGUUCGUCCCACUUGCCACGGAAGCCUGCCUACACUAUCCAGAGAACCGAUUAUUGUUGUGGACUGGAUUUGCGUAUCAGAGGAAGUGUCCAGGAGACGGCGACUCCUUGGCCGUUAGAAGCUGCAUCCCGGUGUCUUGUAAAUCAAAGUCGUAUUUGAUCUCAGCUUUCUGUAAGCUUUAAUCUAGCGGUCCAAAUCAAGGUGAAAAACAUAUCGUAUUAAAGCACACCCACGAUUCAAGAUUCAAA